CUUGUAUAAGUAGUGAGGAUAUUUAAAUCGUUUACUGUAUUGAUAUCCAGUACUAAUACGAACAAUAUAUAGGAUAAUUAAGGGUAAAGGUGUGGUUUCAAAAAAAAACUGAUAAGAUAAAUGCAGUCAAAACAUAAAACUAUAAUUUGUAAAUAACAAAUUACGUUUUUAGACGACGCCAUCUGGAAGUUGUUCGUUCUCUAUUUAUUUACAUACCGAAAGUUGCGUUUUUAGUGUUCCAUGUUGUGAAAGUGACAGUUCCGUACUACCAAACACUUUCGGGACGCUCUGGAGUGACACUGGAGUGACUCUAGCCACUUCAAUGUUCAAACUCGGUUCGCGGGUUGACCCGCGUUGGAAUUCUCCAAAUUCUAACCGUUUAGGCUCCCACUUUAAAGCUGUUAUAAAGAGAGAGACGAUUCCGUGGUCUCAAUCUGCCUACUCCAUACCUUUUUUGGUUGAUUCUAAUGCUUACUCCUUGGAAUUUCACCAAAGAAAUGGAAAGCAUCAAGAGCAUCAUGUACAGUAAUUCUAUCACUGCGAGUCUUGAGCUAACCAUUAGCUUCAUGUUUUGCUUGACAAAUAAUAUUUUUCUAAGUUGUGAGAGCAAACGAUAAACUUUUUAAUACUGUUGGCAUGUUGAACGUCACAAUGAUUUUAUAAAUAGAAAAACGUAACGUUCACUGGGGCGUGUUUCGUGAAUUAGUUUAGAUCCCAAUGCUUUUGUUUUAGCUUAGAAACCAGCAAUAAGUGUACUAAAAAAUUUCUUCAAAAAAAAAAAAUGCCGAGAAACCGUAGAAUGUUGUUCAAUAUAGUUUCACAUAACAGUAACUACUUUCUAACAAAAACUUAUAUGCCGACUGAAUGUAUUACCAACCCUCUUCAGAGGGAAUUGGCAGAUUCUAUAAUUCGUAUGGUACCUUUGGAUGAAAUAAGAAUUUUAUUGGCAUGUGGAGCAAAGGUUAAUGAACCAGUUACUCAGGGGCUGAUGCCAUUACAUUAUGCUGUUUGGCAGAGAUACUACGAAGCUACUCAAUUAUUAGUGACCCGAGGAGGAGACGUAAAUGCUACAGAUGAAUGUGGUUAUAGUCCUCUGCAUCUAUCAGCCGAACAUGGUUACACGGAAGUGGUUCGUCUGCUUCUCGCAUCCGGUGCAAAAGUCAAUUAUAGAGAAGAUACCGAUGAAGAAUUUCCGAGAACAACUAAAUGCGACGAACCUUUGAGACUUGCAAUUAGGAAUAAACAUAUGGAUAUAGCUAAGAUGUUACUUGAACACGGUGCCGAUCCUAACAAAAGAUAUUUCUUCGGUUCCGAAAUUAAUUUAGUUAAUGAUUUAGAAUUCUUGGAGCUAUUAUUAACUUUUGGAGCGAACCCGGAUAGUAGAGAUAGAUCCGGACUCACUCCUUUAAUGAAAGCUGUCAGACAACCCCAAGGAAUGGAAGCCGUUUUAUUAUUGAUAAAAUAUGGAGCGGAUGUCAAUGCAAUGGCAGAUGAAAGACAUGACUACAGAACGGUAUUACACUAUGCGGUUUUAUCGGGAAACUACGAAAUUGUGAAUUUGAUGAUAAAACAAGGGGCUAAGUUAAACUACGACGAAGAAUAUGAACUCGGAAAACCUAGCCCUUUAGAUCUGGCAAUUUUGAAAGGCGAUCUACAGAUUAUUGAACUUCUUAUCCAAUCAGGCGCUGAUGUUAAUUGCAGCUCACCAAUAAUUGGUUCACCACUACAUGUCGCUUGUGCCGAUAAUAUUCCAAAUAGAUACGAAAUUAUGACUAUGUUACUUCAAUCAGGAGCAGAUCCAAAUCUAAAAGUUUACAACGACGAAUUCGACAGAAAUUCUCAACUAAGACCUGUAUUAGUGGAGUAUUUAGCUAGCAACGAACACCCCAGCUUGGAUGUAGUACAUCUAUUACUUCAGUACGGCGCUAGGGUUGUGAUGAAAACUCAAUUUAGAGAUCCAGACGGAAUGCUGAAUUGUCUCCAAAAUGUCAUCUCCGACGAUUGCCUUUCAAUCUUCUUUCUUCUGUUAGAAUCCAGUGAAUCUUUCGAUCCUUGUAUGAUAAGAAGAAACAAUGUUUUAUCUCCGGAACAAAAGGCGGCGCUUUUGAAAUUAUCCACGUGUCCGUUGAGUUUGAAAAGACAGGUUAGGCUGUACUUGAGGAAACUCUUGGGACCUAAACUGUUGACUAUUGUAUCAGAUUUUGAUUUACCGAAAUGUUUGACGAAAUAUUUACUUUUUGACUAUAGUUAAAGUGAAAAACAAAAGCUAUGGAGUAAAGUUUAUUCGUUUUAUUGCGUUUUCAGUGACAUGAGGCCACUGUUUACGCCAUAUUUUUAUUUAUAAUACUUAUAACAAGCAUGUUUUAUCUGACUAAUGUUAGUUGUCAUUUUUUCGAAGAAGUGAUUUAAACCAGCUUUAUUAAUAUUAUAACAAGUAAAAAGCUGAUAAAGUUUUGCUAUUUUCAUUGAUAAUUCAUAUCGUAUAUAAUAAAAUGAAGAUUCAAAUUGGUAUCCAAAAGACAAGCCUACAUUUUUCAAUAUGUGUUGAUUUUUAUAUACAUUUCAAACAUUUUAGACUGUUUUCCCGGCUGUCGUUUAGGUCCAACGAAUGGCAUUGACGCAGUUUAUUUGGCCAUUUCGUUGACCUCAACACCUAGAUUACCUUUUGUAAUCAGCGUGCUUAGGACACAAAAACCUGAUGAUUUCAACACGUGUAAAUAUUAUUUCAUUUACUGGAACCACUCAUUCAUUCACAUGUCUUAUUAAAUCUACUACAACUUGCAACUCUUCAGAAGUAUCUUUGUAACUUUUUGUAAUUCUAAACUUAUUAACUAGACUUCUUCAUAAACUAUUUCAUAAUUAUUUUCUCUUUAUCAUCAUUUGGUGAGUUCUUUCUUCUUUUUUCUUUUUAAUUGUGUUGGUUCACAGUGGCGGCGCACUUGUAGAGUUCCGAACACUCUCACACAGUUUCUAACACUACUCUUCUUUUUUGUCCACUUAACUUUUUUAAAUUUAUCAUAUUUAAAGGUCUUAAGAUCCGAAAAUAGUAUUUGAAAUGACGUUAUUGUGAAAUUAGAUGGCUCUUAACUUCAACGUUAGAUAAAAACUAAUCCUAUAACCGAAAUAUUAACAGUUAGCAAUAAUAAGAAUAUUUGAUUGAUAUUAAUCCACAUUUUCCCCAAAUAACCUCAAUAAUAUCCCAUAUUUUAUAUUAUAAUUUGUAAUUUCAUUCUCUUUAACUCUAAUUUUCUAAUAUAUCAAUGGAAUUACUAAAUUAACACACUAUUAGUUGCUGAAUCAUAAUAUAGUUUAUUGAUGAAAAAGAAUAAUAAGUAUAUUUUCCAAAGCCUUUGGAGGUCAAUACUCUUCGUAUUUUUUAUGUAAUAAAACUAACAUCCAUGCUGUUUAAGUGCUUUUAUUUGAUAUAAGAUUUGACGAAUAUCAAAAACUAACCUUCCAUUUUGACAGUUGUCACAUACACCCAGUUAAAUGUUUCUGUAAUGAACAUGGAACAGCUAAUAAAGAAAAUCAUUUAUAGCUGGAAAAGUAUAUGAAAAUAUAAAUGACAGAAGACUUUUCAUUCCAGCAAGAGCUCCAAUUGGAAUGGCUUUCUCUGUUUCGGCUGGUAUUCACAUUAUAUAUUUAUAGAAAAAUUAUUAAAAAUAUACAUUAGGGAAGUUACAUCGUAACGUAGGUGGUCGAUUGGUAGCAUUGAUUCAUGUUUGACAUUUGACUUUGGGAUUUAAAUCAUUUGAUUUAAAAGUUACUUGAGACCUAAUUUUACAAGUGAAGUUUGAACCACAAACGUCGGAUUAAACUACACAUAGUUUUUUUCAAGUUUUAUAGAUGACGUUUACUGACAAACUUGGGUUCUGGAGGUAGUUUAAACUUCAUUUUAACAUGAAACGGGGGAUCCCAAUGUAUUUUUUUCAUAUUGUUUCCAUUUUUACAAUAUUAUUAGGAGAUUUGGUGAAAUGAAGAUUUGCACUUUAUAUUUGAUGAGCUCGACGAUGAUGAUGAACAAAUGUGACAACUGACAGAAUGUCAAAAUGUAACUGUUAUUCAGGGGCACCAACCCACUACAGCGUUUAGUUAUGUACUUUCUAGUAGUACGAGGUAUUAAAAAAACAAUCUCAUUCAUUUUGUGAUCUAAUUAUUUAUCUAACUCACUAACAUAAACAUUUGCUUACUUACUAACAGUGGCCAAUGUACAAGAUUGUUUUACAAUAUUUCAAGCAAGUGAAAAUAUUUAAAACUGAAUCUUGUAUAAUUUUCCCUUCUUACCACAAUCAAAUUUUUUCAAAGAAACCCAUGAAAAUCGUUAGCUGUAUAACAGUAGUCUCAAUACAAAUAAGGCGUGAAAAAUCUAUUAUAGGUAAAUGAUAAACAUUUGACAUAUCGAAACCAAAAACUUGAAAAUUAAUUUGUGUUGAAAAAGUGUUGAAAAAAAGAAAUUGUCCCUCAUAUUUUAGCUUGACCACUCUGAGUCUUCAGAGUCUUUCAAACUUUGAGUAUACAUGAAAAAACGAAUUUAUUGGUUAGGCAACCGUUAAUACGUCUUCCUCUACUGAACCCUUUCGAAACUAUCCACACAAAGAUCAGAUUCAAUUCUGGAUCAUCUAUAUAGUCUUAGAUCGAUAUGGAAACCAAUUUUAUGAAUUUAUUUCCAAAAAUAUCAGCUGAGUAUAUUGUGGUAUGAAGUAGUGAUGUCUCUUGAAAAUGUAGCUUUCUUUUCUGUAGAUAUUUCAUUAUAUCUAUUUUAGAAAGUGAAUUUCGUGAUAGUUUUGCAAAUUUAGUGAUUCCGAGAAAAGUAUUGAGUUUAGAAUUAAAUCUAAUGCCUUUACUUAUUAUCUUCUAUGAAGUUUUGUAUAUUUUAUCACUGUAUCCAUUUGUAUAUUUGUACCUAAUAAAUUUAUCAAUAAAUUA